AGGGUAUUCUAACAUUUAGCGAGUCUAAAGUACGCAACCAGUUGCUUUACCAAUUUUGUAUUAGUGGCAAUUGCUCUGUGAUUUUCUUCCAUCUCUGCUUUUGUGAGGGCCUAAAAUGGGUUGCACAUACUCAAAGUCAUCUGAUCAGUCCUCUCUUCCCUUUUCUCAACUCAUCGGCCAGAUUAUCAAUACUGAACGGGAGGGGCCAGACUUUGAUCUUGUUCCAUUAAUCGCCGCUAUUGAUAGUUAUUUGGCCCAUUGCAAAAUAAAUCAGGGUAAAAGUUCGAAACAUAAGAAGUCAACAGCAGAUUGGCUGUCCUUUUCAUCCAACGCCGUUGAAAUCUCAGAAGGAGUCUCUGAAAGCGUCAGGAUACUUGCCAACGAGCUAUAUCUGUGUUAAAGGCAGCUGGAAAUGUUCACUGGGCCGGCCUCUGUUUGUUGCUGGUUGCUGCGGUUCUAAACAGGGUGGACACUAUGAAGAAAAACAAGAUGGAGCGUUUAGAUCUUCUUAACUCCAU